AUGGCUGCUACGGCUCUCGAUCAUCUUAACCUUGGCGGUAAGAUUGAGUGGCUGGCGUCGCUCAACACGUCGUACCAGCCUGACCGCACCUUCCGCCGCACCUCCAUCAUCUGCACCAUUGGUCCCAAGACGAACUCGGUCGAGGCUAUCAACAAGCUUCGUGAGGCUGGCCUUAACGUGGUGCGCAUGAACUUUUCUCAUGGCAGCUACGAGUAUCACAAGUCUGUAAUUGAGAAUGUCCGCGAGGCCGAGCGCGUCCAGAAGGGCCGCCAGGUUGCCAUUGCCCUGGAUACCAAGGGUCCCGAGAUCCGCACUGGCAACACCAAGGACGAUGUUGACUACCCCAUCAAGGCUGGUCACAUCAUGAACAUCACUACCGAUGAGAAAUAUGCCAAGGCCUGUGAUACCGAGAACAUGUACGUCGACUACAAGAACAUUACUAAGGUGAUUGAGCCUGGACGUGUCAUCUAUGUUGAUGACGGCGUUCUGGCAUUCGAUGUGCUUGAGGUUGUCGAUGAACAGACCAUCCGUGUGCAGGCACGCAACAACGGCUUUAUCUCGUCCCGCAAAGGCGUCAAUCUUCCAAACACUGAUGUCGACCUUCCUGCGCUCUCAGAGAAGGACAAGGCCGAUAUACGCUUCGGUGUUGAGAACAAUGUCGACAUGAUCUUUGCUUCAUUUAUCCGCCGUGGUCAGGACAUCCGCGACAUACGUGAGGUCCUUGGUGAGGAUGGCAAGCACAUCCAGAUCAUUGCCAAGAUUGAGAACCGCCAGGGUCUCAACAACUUUGCCGAGAUUCUCGCUGAGACAGACGGUGUCAUGGUUGCCCGUGGUGACCUGGGCAUCGAGAUUCCUGCGGCGGAGGUGUUCGCCGCCCAGAAGAAGAUCAUUGCCAUGUGCAACAUUGCUGGCAAGCCAGUCAUCUGUGCCACUCAGAUGCUCGAGUCCAUGAUAAACAACCCUCGCCCUACUCGUGCCGAGAUUAGCGACGUUGGUAACGCUGUUGUUGAUGGCGCUGACUGCGUCAUGCUUUCUGGUGAGACAGCGAAGGGCAAGUACCCCGUCGAGGCCGUCCGUGAGAUGAGCGAGGCUUGCUUGAAGGCAGAAAACUCAAUCCCCUAUGUCAGCCACUUUGAGGAGCUCUGCGCCCUUGUCAAACGCCCUGUCUCGAUUGCUGAGGCGUGCUCCAUGGCCGCCGUGCGUGCUUCUCUUGACCUCAACGCCGCCGCCAUCUUUGUCCUGUCGACCUCAGGUGAAUCUGCCCGCCUCAUCUCCAAGUACCGUCCUGUCUGCCCUAUCAUCAUGAUCACCCGCAAUGCAUCUGCAUCUCGGUACGCUCACUUGUACCGUGGUGUUUAUCCCUUCCUCUUCCCUGAGGCCAAGCCCGACUUCAGCAAGGUCAACUGGCAGGAGGACGUCGAUCGCCGUAUCAAGUGGGGUAUUGGACGGGCUAUUGAGUUGGGUGUCCUCAAAGAGGGCGAGACUGUUGUCGUUGUUCAGGGCUGGAAGGGCGGCAUGGGCAACACGAACACUCUUCGCAUUGUCAAGGCUGAUGUUGAGCACCUUGGCUUCACGCCGGUGUCUUAA